AUGGACUUCUUUGCUUCUCUCCGUGGUACAAUGCCUGGGGUAUUUGGGGACGACGAUGAAUCCCGGGAUGGAUCACCUCUUCCACCGAUCCACACCGCAGUUGAUGCAGAAGAUGUGGAUCAGGUACGCCAAUUGGCUGCCACGACAGGCCCCGAAGAUAUGACAGCGGCUCUGUGUCGAGCCUGUCAAUCAGGCAAAAGUAAAAUCGUUGAGGCUCUUCUCGGGACCGGGCGAUGCGAUGUCAACGCGACAACGGACGGGAAUACGCCAUUAUUUGUGGCCGCAUCAAAGGCCGAGUUGGAAAUUGUCAAAAUUCUGCUUCAGAAUGGUGCAGACGUCACGAUCAGGUCCAAAAAUAGACGAGACAAACUCCCAGCAUUCACACCUCUCCAUGGAGUGGUAGACAGCCUGCGCCCAUAUCAGAAGCUCGAUGACCUGCCUCGCUACGAAGAGUUAAUGCAGUUGCUGCUAGAUGCUGGGUGUGAUAUCAAUGCACGAGACGCCCACGGGAAUACUGCGCUUCUGCUCGCCGCACACAACGAAGUCCCUCUGAUAUCCUUCCUAUUGCAACAUGGAGCAGACCCGAACAUCGCAGAAGACCGGGGAGGCACGGCUGCGCAUUUCUUCCACCAUCCUCUAGACCAUCCAGAGUGGUUUCAAGCGCUCAUGGAGCAUGGCGCCCGCCUGGACAUUGUUCGCCGCGAAGAUGGCCAUACUCCCUUACAUGCUUUUGCGUCCAAAUGCCAAUUGGGCGAUCUUUCGUUGUUCCGUCCAUUUGUCUCGGAUUGGUCGAUGACCGAUGGCAAAGGAAACACACUGCUUCAUGUUGCAGUCUCGAAGUUCCGUCUCGAGGACAAGACUGUUGCGGAACUGUUGAAGCUCGGAGUGGACCCGAACCAUAGGAAUCACGAAGGACGACAGGCUAUUCACAUGGUUCAGGCAUCCAGAGAGGCCCUGCCGAAAAUUUUGGACAUUCUAUGCGCAGCUGGUGCAGACAUUGAGGCUAAAGACUCUCGUGGAGGCACGCUUCUCACGAACACCAUGCGUGGACACCUGGACUGGAAUGGUCGCGAGCUCAUUCAAUGCCUAAUCAGUCGCGGAGCCGACAUCAACGCACAGGACUACAAGGGCAAUGGCGCAUUGUCAUAUCUGGUUGAGCCAUAUACAUUCCGUCCUGAGAACUUGGAGUUCUUACUUUCCCUUGGAGCGGACCCGAAUCUCGCCAAUCACGAAGGGGACACAUUCCUGCAUCGUAUUGCAGCGAACUUUGCUACCAUCAGCGAAGACACGGUUCUCUUGUCCAUGUUACAGCUGAUCACAUUGGGAGUCUCUCCGACGCUUCCCAACUUCCGAGGUCGUACACCUUUGCAUAUGCUGUGCAGUCAGUCGUCGGAUAAUUUAUUCGCAGCUCUCGCAGAGGGAGGCAAAUGUGCUAUCGACCUUCUUUUGGACGCGGGGCUUGAUAUAUCUCUCAACGCGAGUGAUUACCAGGGAAUACGUCCCAUACAUCUUGCUGCCACAGUAUCGGAGCUCCUGACCGGCAAGCUGAUCGCCCGCGGGGCCGAUAUCACCACUUGCACAAAGGAUGGCCGUAACCUGCUGCAUAUUGCGUCAACCGCGCGACAAAGCAACGUGGUCGGGCUGUUGUUAGACCACUACGACUCCGACAACCUGAGUUCAACGAUCAAUGCUACCUCGACAGAUGGCAGAACGCCAUUGCAUAUCGCCUGCCGCUCCGGACAACUGGAGACAGUGAAGCUCCUCCUCGCACAUGGCGCAGAUGUCAGCAUUGAGGACAAGCAUAAUCGGACUCCUCUAGAUGCAUGUGCCGACUCUAUCACGGAAGAUCAGCUCUGGGAAGCUGCGGACGAUCAAGAAAACAUGAUGAACACAUAUUCUGCGGCCGGAAUUUUAGGAGAUGAUGAUCGCCGGCCAAAAAUGCCCACGGCAGGCAACAAAAGGAGGCGCGGGAAUCCCAAAAGCUUGGGCUGGAAAGGAGAAAUCACGUCCGAAAGUGCGACUAUUGGAGUGGGACGAAUAGUGCGAUCAAUGGCGUCUCAUGGAGCUCUCGCAUUCAAAGAGGGUUUUGGCGUGGGCCCCAUGUACCAUGCAGUUUCCAAGGGGAAUGAGGAAAUGGCUGUGGAGAUGGACAGAUCAUUAAGAGAGAUGAAUAUGGGUACGAAUGAUAUUCUCUCACUUGAGACACAAUGUCUUCUGCUGCGCUCUCAGCACCUUCCGGGUCUUUUUGAGAAAGAGUUCAAGAAGUACGUCUCUGAGACCAAUGUGCUCCCAAUGAUACUGCGUGGCUACCACCACGAAGUUGCAGAAGUUCUGGAAAAGAGCUAUGCUCUCAUUGAGGACAAAUCCUCCAUGCCAGCGAUCAUGACGUCUCUUGGGCGAUGGGGAUUCUCGGAGCUCUUUGCUCGAAUUGGCAGUUUGAUGCCUGGAAACUGGAUAAACGACACCACCAACCAUCGACGUGGCAAGCUGACGCCAUAUCUUUUGACAGCUGGUCAGCGAGACCUGCCCAACCUAGAUGUCAUCCAGGUUAUGGUCGAACUUUUUGGUGCGGAUGUCAACAUAAGAUUCGAACCGGAUAUGGUCGACAAACCCAGGGUUUACUACCAGUCAAAGAUGGCAUUAGCACGGCAUUACAAGCCGGGUGACACAAUCCUUCACCAGCUGGCUCAUGGUACACACUGGUGGUAUGAGCCAGCCAUUCGGUACCUUCUACAACAUGGGGCCGAUCCAAAUGCACGCAAUGUCACAGGAAAGACACCCUUAUGCAAUGCAGUCUCACGGGGAGAGCUAGGCGGCCACCGCCAGCUUGAAAUUACCCAAAUAUUGCUUGAGGCCGGUGCUGAUCCCAAUAUCACCGCGACAUGUGGCUAUACCCCGCUGGCCAUGUCGGCACAUGAUACCAAACUAUUCGAACUACUGAUUGAGUAUGGUGCGUAUCCAAAUCAGGACCACCCCAUGGAACUGUUCCAAGCCUUGUCAAGCUUCAACAUCGACGUGGUCUCCGCUCUCCUCGAGAUGGACCUGGACUGCAACACCACGGUUCUAUCCAAUGAACAGGAGCAUUGGCACACACAACGUGUCCAAAAGAUCGUGUGGGACGCCACAGCCGUCCUGCGUCCUAUCCACUAUAUCUCAAUGCUGCCUUUCAACGAAGCCAACAGCCGUGACCAUGCCUGCAGAAUGAUCAAGUUCCUGAUGGAACGUGGGGCUGAUGCAUUUUUGCCUUGCCAUGAGAACCAACUUAUUCUACACGAGAUCUUCGCCGGCGGAGGCAUCAUUCAACCCUGGCUAGAGCUAGCUGAUCUCGAUCUUGAACGACGCGACCCUUCAGGUAGAACGCUGCUGCUGGCAGCGGCGAGCUGUAACAUUGGGACAGACUCGUAUGCCUGCACAGUGCCGGCAUAUCCACUUCGUGGUGGAAAGAUUGGGCCGGCACUGUGGAAGGAAGAUGACCCUACACGUGCUAUGACCCUGUACGAGCGCGGUGCAGAUCUGCGUGCUGUAGAUAACGAGGGAAACAACGUACUGCAUUACCUGGCGGAUGUUCAAGCCUCCCACAGUAUGUCUGGAUCGUUUGAAAUUCAGGAAACGAUGUCACUUUUCUUGGAAAAAGCCCCCGAGCUGGUACACCAAACCAAUGUACAUGGACAAAAGCCUUGGUCGAUCGCGGCGGAGAAGAACUUCGUUGAGUACAUGAAGAUCUUGCAGACCGAAGACGUGGGAGCUGAAUAG